AUGAGUUAUCAACAAGCUCAGGAAAUGUAUCAUGACAAUACUUCGGCGCGUUCCCCUGGUUCCCAGCGCCACCAGCAACCUCUGCACCGCCAGCCGUCGCGACAAUUUGACGCGUACGGCCCUAUGCCAGUGAACCUGUAUGAGGACUCAAUGGCUCGCUACGAUUCUGGCCGGCUGGAGCGCCUGAACUCCUCGUUGCACAACAACGCCUACGCUUACGACCUGGCGGGUUCUCAGACGUGGAAUCCCAAUGGUUUCGCCAACGCCCAAGCACUGGGAGGCAUCCGAUCCGCAUCGGCCAGCUUGAAGACCACCUCGCGCACCGGUCGAGCUGGUCUGCCAACUACGUGGCUCGAUCAGCAGCCGGGCAUCCCCAGUGGCUUUUCCAACCUUGGCCCCGGUCCUCUCCAGGGUAACGCGAUGCGCCAGGAACCGACGGGCCCUUCGGAGGCAGAUGAUGAGCUCAUCCCGACGGCCAUUGUCAUCAAGAACAUUCCAUUCGCAGUUAAGAAGGAGCAAUUGGUACAGCUCAUGACUGAGCUUAAUCUGCCACUUCCCUAUGCGUUCAAUUACCAUUUCGACAACGGUGUCUUCCGAGGACUGGCUUUCGCCAAUUUCACUUCCGCAGAGGAAACUGCGACCGUCAUCGAGGUUCUGAACCAUUUCGAGCUGCAGGGUCGGAAAUUGCGGGUUGAAUAUAAGAAAAUGCUCCCUCUGCAGGAGCGCGAGCGGAUUGAGCGUGAGAAGCGCGAGCGGCGUGGCCAGCUGGAAGAGCAGCACCGUCCUAUGGCGACCUCUCAGCUGCAGACUCAGAGCUCCAUGUCUUCUCUCACCUCCCACCUUCCCGCGACCUCUCCGUCGCCCGUGUCGCAGCGGGGUCAGAAGCUGGGUAAGAUGCUUCCUCAUGUUUUGCGCUAUUUGCGUAUCGCUAACGAUUCUCAUCUGUCCACAGACGUCGAUCUGAACGACAGCACAACACUGUCAUAUUAUUCGCAAUUGCUGCUUUUCAAGGAGGAUACCGCCCGCGACUCCAUGGUGUUCCCGGCCAACCUUUCGCCUAUCCAGCGCCGUACGGUGCACACCCUUGCCCACAACAUGGGACUUGGGCAUGCGUCCCGUGGGUCAGGAGAGCAGCGACAGGUUCAAGUCUUCAAGGUUGCACCCGGUACUAAUGUGAGCCCGCCCAUGUCGUCUAUUCCUGCUCCAGUCCAGCCGAUCGAAACGGCACGUCGGGGACUCAACCGGGCAGCCACCAUUGAUUUCAGUGAGUCUCGGGGCGACGGACCCACCCCUUUCAACACCCUGCGCGGACAGCCAUCUGGCUUUCUCGGAGUCUUGGACUCCCCCGGCAACUUCGGGAACACACAGAACCUGCGGGCGGCGAAAUCGUUUGCCGACUUGCGCUCUUACACCCCCUCGCCCGUGCCCUCCUCUGCGAGCUUCCCUGCCGCCUUGCAGUCCAACGGUGCACGUCUUCAGCACUAUGACGGCACCGCCAGCGGCACGUCCAACACCCCUACCCUGACGUCCGCCCCGUCCGGCUCCUCUCUCGGCAUGCAGCGUGACGACAGCCUGUUGGUGAACAGCCUGAGCAGUCUUUCUUUGGGAACUGGGAUUGGAGGGCCUAAUGCGAGCCCGCGGAGAUUGAGGGGUAUGUUUUCUUGGGAGCAGCCGGAAAGUCAGCCCUCCAGCGCUGGUCCCAUUGGUAGUAACCGAUCCAUCGGAGUUGGAUUUGACGGACAGUCACAGGAGCGCAUGCCCAUUAGACAGCCGCGAGGCCCGAUGCCCGAGAAAGGCCCAGGAUUUCGACGCCCGACCGGACACCAAACGCGUGGGAGUGAUGAGUUGCGCACCAGCUCCGGAGUGGAAAUUAUUGUGGAGUAA